AUGCCUGAACCUGUUGAGUUUGACGAGUCGAAACUCGACCUUUCCGGGCUCGAUUUCUCUGAUCUCGAGUCCCAGUACCACGUUGAAGAGCCAGUGCACAACUACGACCAGUUUGUGAUUUGCGACGGCGCGCCUGUCGCGCCAGAAGCUAAGGCUCCUGUUUUGAAGAAGGUUCUCACCAAGCUGUUUUCGCAGUGCGGCAAAGUCGUCGACAUGUUUAUGCCAUUGGAAAACGGCCAGACAAAGGGCUACUUGAUCAUCGAGAUGGAAAACGCCGCUGCUGCCGACAAGGCCGUCAAGCAGUUGAACGGAAAGAAAUUGGACGUGAAACACAGAUUGUUGGUGAACAAACUGCCAGAUAUGGAGAAAUACGCUCUCAAUGACAAGAUCAGCGAGGAGUUCGUGGAACCACCCGUUCCCGAGUUCCAGAGCCAUGGAUACCUGCACUCGUGGCUGUUGGAUCCUAACGGAAGAGAACAGUUUGUUGUUCACCACCACGACACAGUUGGUGUUUGCUGGUACAAGAAGAACCUGCAACCAGAAGACGUGAUCGAGUCGAGAGCCCACUGGACGUCGGCCUCAAUGCGGUUCUCGCCAAAGGGUACUUAUUUGUUCUCGUUCUUCCCUGGCGGAGUGCAAGCCUGGGGAGGUGAAAAGUUUGACAGAAUCCGCAGAUUUGUGCAUCCUGGUGUGCAACUUUUGGACUUCUCGCCAACAGAAAAGUUCUUGGUGACUCUGUCUCCGGAACCGAUCAGCAUCCCACCUGAAGACCACCCUGCUCGCGCCCAGUGCUUGUUCAGCGCCGAUAGCGUUGGCCACAAGCUGGUGAUUUGGGACCUGCAGACUGGAUUACCGGUCAGAACGUUUGCAUUGCCACCAAACCUCGAGAAACAGCAGUCCAUGCCAUGGCCGCUGAUCAAAUGGUCCUACAACGACAAGUACUGCGCCCGGAUGGGUCCUGACGCACUGGCUAUCUAUGACACCACCGACGACUUUGCUCUGUUGGACAAGAAGUUGUACAAGGUGGAAGGAAUCGCCGACUUUGAGUUUGCUCCUGCCGGUGUGAGACUGGCCACCACCAGAAGAAACGACGAGCCAGAGACCGUUCUGUCGUACUGGACUCCGGAAACCGUGAACCAGAGUGCUCGUGUUUCUGUGGUCCAACUUCCUUCCAAACAGGUUUUAAGAACAGUCAAUCUCUUCAACGUUUCGGACGUCAAGAUGAGCUGGCACAACGCUGGAAAAUUCCUGUGCUGCAAGGUCGACAGACACACCAAAUCCAAGAAGACGACGUUCACCAACCUGGAGCUGCUUUCUUUGAGCGAGAAAGAUAUUCCUGUGGAGAAGAUCGAGCUGAAGGAGGUUGUGAGUGCGUUCCAAUGGGAGCCGCACGGAGAACGGUUUGUGACCGUGUCGAAGCUGGACAUUCCAAACCCAAACAUCGCCAUUCCAGACAACAUUGUGUCUUUCUACGACGUGGAGGAGGCCAAGGGGUCGAAACAGGCUGUGCUGAAGAAAUGGGUGUGCCUGAAGCAGGUGACCAAGACCCAUGCGAACCAGAUUCUGUGGUCGCCAAAGGGCCGUUUUGUUGCUGUGGGCACUGUGAACGGUACGAACGGCGAGAUCGACUUCUACGACAUGGACUACGACGGAGAAAAGGAAAAAGACCAGACCGCCAAGGUGGCCUCGAACCUCAAGCUGUUGAACCACCACGAGUUCAAGGGUCUUACAGGACUCGAAUGGGACGCUUCUGGAAGAUACCUUGCCGGAUGGUCGUCCGCAUGGAGACACAAGAUCGAGAACGGAUACAAGAUCUUUGAUCUUGUUGGAAACCUGUGUAAAGAAGAGCUGAUUGACGGGUUCCGGGAAUUCGAGUGGAGACCAAGACCAGCCUCUAUUUUGAGUGCCAACGACAGAAAGAAGGUCAGAAAGAACCUGAAGGAGUACGCUGCGCAGUUCGAGGAGGCCGAUGCCAUGGAGGCGGACGCCGAGUUGAGAGAGCUGAUUUUGAAGAGAAAGAAGCUGCUCACCGAGUGGUACACCUGGAGAAGCUCUGUUAUUGCCAAGUUGAAGGAACUGAACCUGACCGAGCAACAGCACGAGACCAGAGAAGAGGUGAUCGAGGAGGUGAAGGAAGAGAUCUUGGAGGAGACCGAGGAAGUUGUGGACCGAUGCUGUUUGAUCAUGGACAGACCUUUGAAUUUUGCACUCUCGACGUUGAUGGCAAACAUCGACCCGCAUCCGUCAGAGAUGUCUCUCACUGACAAACUGGACGGGUCCAGGGCCUCUUUCAGCUUGUUUAGCCUGGUUCUCAGAAGAUGGAACAGCAACACCGAAAGAGUCACCGGAGUGAGGCCAUCCGGACUCAGCACACAUCACAGUCUUCUUACCGUCACAGGCGCUCCAGACUCUUUGCAUUUGCAACAACAACCAGUCACCAGCUCCAUCAGGGUAGAUGGUUCCGUCCCAGUAAGCGUGGGCACUGAAGGCAAUGUAGUCGGAGUACUCACAGAGGUCUGGGUUGGCAAUGAUGGCAACGUGGGUAUCGACGGAAACAAGGGAACCAGAGAAGCCAGAGCCGGAAAGAGCCGACUUGGCUUGGCUGAUGUAGUUCUUGAUGUCAGAAGGAGUAGCAGUGCCAGCGUUGACGAGCUCGUUACCAAUGGAGAUGGUGUCAAUGUCGUCCCAGGAACCGUAUUUCUCAACAGCGUUCUUGAUCUCGGAAAUACCGUCAGCAAUGGCGUCGACGUAGUAGAUACCCAAGAAGAGUUUCUGGUCGUCACCCUUGGCUUGCAGAACGUUUUCGACUUGGUUACAGUCGACACCGUAAAGUCUGAUCAAACCGUAGUCAGAGAGCUUUUCCAAGUCACUCUGGACCUCGGACAAGGACUUACAAGCACCGGAGGAAGAGUAAGGAGAGUAAGUGACACCCUUGGAGCCACCGGUGAAGUCGCCAGUAGAGGUUGGCUUGGAAGCAGAAGAGCUGGAGCUGGAAGUGGAGGACUCAGAAGAGGUGGACUCUGCGCUGGUGGUGGAGGCAGGAGUGUAUGA